AUGGGAUUUUUAGUGAAUGGCUCAAUCUUAAAUUCAGAUAUAAGUAAAAGAUUUUAUAAUAGAAAAGAGCAAGAGAAUGUUUUUAUUGACACCAUGUCUAUUGAAAACCCAAUAAAAAAAGUGUAUCCAGGAGAUUUUAAUCCAGAACUAUGUACUAUUCCAAAAGUACUCAAUACGACAAUUCAUCCACUUGUAUCUUCUUUCUUCGGCUUAGGAAACGACCGCAUUAUUACAAGAUAUACAAAGUUAAAUCCUCAAGUUGAUGUAAAUGUUUUGAGAAAUUGUUUAGAAUAUGAACCAAAGUUUUAUAAAUGGGCAGGUGCUGAUUUAUUUAAUGUGAUUGAUUCAAAUGCUAAACGACAAAUGAUCAUUAUUGAAUCUGGAUCAAGUCCAGCAGGACAAUAUGCAAUGCCUUCGUUAAACAUAAAUAAUAAAAGGCAGAAUGGAUAUAAGCUCGUGAUACAAACAGCAUUUAAACAGGCCCUAAAAGAUGCAGACCCCUCUCUUGGAGAGCUUGCUGUAGUGUACGAUAAAGCUAGUAAUGAAAUAGAAACAGCCAGGUAUGCAGCUGCAAUCUCUGAAGAGACUAAAGAACAUGUUUGGAUUGUAAUGCUUCAAUAUGAUGCGAGAUAUGAACAACCUAUUAAAUGGGAGAAUCAAAUUAUGUAUAUCAGAGACCAAGAUGGAGCUGGAGGUCAUAACAAAGUUAUGGCAUCAAAAUCAUUUGAAUUAUUUAAUAAUGAACUAUCUGGAAGUGGUCUUGCCAUUCGUUUUCCAGAAACCAUAUGUAAUGUGAACAAAAGUGAAAUUUCUUCAUGUAUCGAAAAGAUGGGAGGCCAUGAAGUGGUCAAAGUUCCCUAUGGUAGGCAGGGUGUUUACACAAUCACUAAUUUGGAAGAAUUGAAGGGAUUCUUUGAUGCUAGUCAACAUUACGAAAAAUUUAUUGUACAAUCUCUUGUUGAAAAUGCAUUAUGGUCUACAAAAUUAUAUCCUGGAAAAUUUUACCAUAUCGGCACUGUGCCAGAUCGUCAUGACCGAAUUUUUGUUAAUGACUUGAGAAUAAUGGUAUCUGCCGAUGAGACUGGAUUUCACCCUGUGGCUAUUCGUUUACGACGUGCUCAUAAGCCACUCCCUACUUACCUACCGAAUGAUUCUAAUCGUUCUGAGUGGAUAUCAGAAUACGAAAGAGUAAUUAAGAUCGACCAGAAAGAGUUUGAUAUUAUUGGAUUGGGUAUUGAUGAGUUAAUUGACGCAUAUGUGCAAACUGUAUUAAGUACUAUUGCUAUUGAUAAAAUGUGCCAAAAACUUUUGGUUAAUAAUGAAUUCAAUGUCGAACUAUAUCAUACAUUGAAUCCUGAUGAUGUCUUAAUAAGUGAAUUGUUAUUGUAG